GCAUUAAGUUCAAAAAAUAUUAAAAGUACCAAUUAAAUCAAAAACAAAUUGUGUGUGGAGCAAUAAAAACAAGCGAGAAAAAUGAAAUUCACUUUGGUUCCUUGUCUUCUGCUGGCUACAGCCACCGCCAUUGCUACAGCCAUACCACAUCAACGUCUGCAACGUGACGUCUCCGAGUUGGUGCCAUCAUCCAAUCAACCUGCCUAUAACUAUUUACCACCAGAACCAAAAUUCGUCGCACCUGAAGACACUGAAAUCACAACUGAAACUGUUAUUGCUGACACUGAAGCACCUGUUGCUGAUACUGUUGAUGCUGGUGAAGCUGUCGCUGCCGCCGAGCCUGAAGCAAUGCCAGAAAGCGGCGCACUCGGUGCUGAUGGUUAUGAAUACCGUACUGUACGCCGUCUCAAGUAUCGUCAACGCGUACGCCGUGACGUUUCACAUUUGUCAACAAAAUAUUUGCCACCCAGCCAAUCUUACCUGCCACCCAGCGGCGCUUCUGACGAUUCGGAAGUAGUGAGUGCAGCACAACCUAAAGUAGCACCAGUCUAUUUGCCACCCGCCCAAGAGGAGGUGAGUUCUGAAGCACCAAUAAUUGUGGAAGAUGUUGAAACUGAAGCACCAGCGGUAGAGGAAGAAGGUGAACAACCGGAAUUGCGUACGCAAGAGGGUGAAGAGGAAGUGCCACAAAAUAGCGCUCUCUUGAUGGAUGAUGGUUAUCAUUACAAACAACCCGCUGAGGAGAUGGCUUUACCCAAGGCUGCUGAGAUUGAGUAUUUGCCUCCUCUAGAGCAAGGUCAAACGGAGGCUGAGGGACCUGAGGAAUCCGCUGUGCUAGCCAAGGAUGGUUACCAUUACCGUGCCAUAAAACGUUUGAGAUUGUGAAUGUAAUUCCUUACUUAUAUAUAUGUAACUAUAUAUGUGAAAAAAAUGCAAAAUGUAU